AUGAGCCAUGGACGGGGCAAUCAGCAGGCAAUGGCGGCGGCCCUCUUUGAGUCGGUGGAGACAGAUGUCAGUUCUCGUACGAUUCGCAUGACGCAUUUCCCAGCGGGUUGGCAGACGUUGCAGGAGUUGAUCGCUACUGCCACCUUCAACGAGAGAGAGAGUGCUGAGAAGGCAGUGAAGACUUUGCAUGGAGUUGACAAUCGAAGCGAAGCUGAGAAGCGGCGGAUGAACUAUGGUCCACCCAGGGAUGAAGACAAGUUUGCGGUUUUCUUGCUAGGUGCAGGUGCCUCUACCGAGUCACGGGACACCCACGGUGAGGACAAUGGUACUCCUGUGCUGUUGUAUGUUGAUGAGAUCCGCCUUCUGGAAGAGGAGGUGGCAUCUGCCAGAGAAGUUUUCUUGCGAGACUUGCCGGUGGAGGACUACACGGAGGCACAACUCCGGGAGUGGCUGCAAGGUUUUGGUCAUCCUGAAGCAGUCAACUUCUUGAAGGAUCCAGUGAGCAAGGAGCUCAAUGGCAAGGGCUACGUGCGGUUUGGCCUGCACGAGGAGGCUGUGGGUCUCUUAGCUGCCUUCGCAGAAGAUGAUGAGGAAGGUGGAGUACAAGGCAACUGGUCACUUUCUGAAAGGUUACAAAGCUCAAGGGUGGGGGAUGCAUUGCAGGCAAGAGCUGGAGCCGUCGCCACAGAGUGUGGCUAUUCCAGGCUAGUCCUUGUAGGAGGCGGUCGCGCCCCUCCUCAGGGUACUUCUUGGGGCUCCUUGGUUCAACAGGAAGGGCCUUUGACCUUUGCACUUUUCGCAGAGGGCAACCUUGAGAAGCUCAAGAGCCGAUUAGACUCUCUGGUCGAGGAAGCCUUGACAAAUCCAACAUCCUUCAGUGGAAGCUCCACAGCUUCCAAUGUCAGUCCUACAUCACCCUGCAUCAUGGUGAAAGGCUUCCCUAAGAGUUGGCGGGAACAGCAGGUACGCCUCGUGUUCGCUCUUUUCGGUGGUGUCGGUUCCGUGCGCUUUGUGGUGGACCCCAAAACGGGGCAGCAGAUGGCGUGCGUGGAGUUGAAGAAUCGAGAGAACAUGGCCAAGGCUGUAGAGCAACUGCACAACACCAAAGUUGGUGAUGGAGAGCUCAUCGAGGAGUGUGUGGUAACUUGUGAGCUCUUCGGUGAUGACGUGGGCAAAAGCAGGCCUUUGCGCCGAACGAUAUUUUUGGAUGAGUUGAAGUUGUCCAGGAAGCCAGAGAUAAAGCCUGACAAUGAGGACCGAGAAGUCUUCAUGACAGGCCUGCCCAUCAAGGACUUCACUGAAGACCAGCUGAAGAACUGGCUCGAAGGCUUUGGGAAGAUUGAGGAUGUCUUCCUUCUUCGUGACGUGGACCGCAAGUUGAACGCAAAAGGCUACGUGCGCUUCAGCUCCCAUAGAAAUGCAGAGAGCUGCAUCCAAGCCCAAGCGUCCGAGCAAGAUGCGGAGGAAGGCGAUGUGAUUGCUUGGUGGUCAGAGUCCGAACGGGCCUUGCGUGGUGCCUAUGGACCAAACCUGCACAGCGCAUUGGCCAGCAACGACGGGCGAGUCUUCGCCCACUUGCUGGAGAGCUGCGAAGUGCGAGAGGUUUGGAUGCAGAGUCGGCUAUGGCCACCCAAAGAUCCUACUGCACCGGCCCUGCAAGGAAAGCAGGUCCAUUUCGUGGCGACCUGCACGGCGAAGCAGUUGCAGGCCCUACAUAGGGCUCUGUCAGCAGCUGUGCAGGCCUUCCAUGACCGCGUUCGAGGGGAAAGAAUGGGGGAGGAGGGUGGAAGCAGCAGUAGCUUUCGCCCACCAGCAGAGCCACGGCCUGCCUGGUCGGCGCCGCCCGCGGGCUGGUCAAUGGCUCCAGCCGGUGGUGCGCCACCACCUUGGCCUUAUUACAGAGAUCCCUAUGCGCCGCAGCGCCCGCCGCCUGGGGCACCUGGGAUGCCAUGGCCAUGGCGCCCCCCAGGCUAUCCACCAGGACAUCCACCUGCGCCUCCCUCAGGGCCACCUGAGAGAAAGCACUCUCGAAGCAGGUGCAGGGUGACAAAGAGACGGCCGCGUCGCAGGUGGCAGGAUCAGCUUGGAGCCCUGAAGAAUGGCCACCAGCGAUCCGAAGCUACAAGAGCUGAUCGUGAAGGGAGAAGAGCUGAUCCAACGUGGUCAGGAGUUGAAAGACCGCGGUGA